UGUGGCAAGCUGUUGUCGUGUGAAGUAUAAAACAGUGUUAGAGGUGAUAGGGGGUACAGUGCUCAUCCCAGCGCACCCCGCAACACAUCUCAUACUCAGCAAAAUGGCUUUCAAGUUGGUCGUGUUGGCGUGCGUAGCUGCGAUGGCGCGCGCGCAGGUGGCGGUGUCGCCGGUGGGGGCUCCCGUGGCCGUGGUGGAGGAGGACUACCCGUCGUACAAGUACGGCUACGACGUGCGCGACGGCGUGACGGGCGACAUCAAGUCGCAGCAGGAGCGGCGGGACGGCGAGUUCGUCAGCGGAUACUACGCUUUCCUGGACUCUGAUGGAACUACCCGCAUCGUGGACUACACGGCCGGGCCGGGCGGGUUCAACGCCGUGGUGCGCCGCGAGCCGGGGCUGGAGCCCGUGGCACCCGUCGUGGAGGAGGUGGUCCCCGCGCGGCCCCCCCCGCGCGCCGUGCUCGAGCCCCUGCCGCCCCCGCGCUUCGCCGCCCCCGUCGUCGCCGAGCCGGUCAUUCAACGUUACGCCGGUCCCAGAUUCGCCGAGAUCGCCGCUCCUAGGUUCGCGGAGAUAGCCGGUCCCAGGUUCGCUGAGUUCGCCGGACCGGUGUUCCAGCGCUUCGGUAAUGCUCCGGUGGCAUACGCGGGGCCGGCGGUGGCGUCGGCGUACUCGUAUGCUCCCGCGUACGCGCCGGCCGCGUUCCCCCCUCCCGUGACUCGGUUCGCCCCCGCCCCCGCCCUCGCCCUCCCGCAGCCCGAGGUGGUGCGCGCCGCGCCGGCGAAGGUCAUCGCCGCCGGGAACGUGGAGGGGUACCGCUACCCCUGAAAGCCCCACACUCCUACUACGCUAGCUGUGCACGACUGACUUGAUGGCCCAUUUUGAAAGACUUAUUUUUUAUUUAGUUUUAAGUACUUAAAUAAAUAUAUUUUCACUGUUAAA